CCUGAGGAACACUGCUGCUCUGAUUAAACCAAUUAUCACUUUAUUCUGAAGUCUGCGAAUACGCUACUCCUUUAUGGAUACAAACACUUGACACUUCCUCAAUUGCCUCUUUACCCCUAAGUGUUUAGUGUUAUUUCUACCUUCAGUCAUUUCAGCUCAUCACACAACCACAACAUUCAUUACACAUUACGUGUUUCUCGAUCGCCUCGUUGUCCUGUUUAUUUUCUACAUGUUCCGCCCCGCCCUGCAGACGCGCUAUCACGCAGUUGCGUAAUUUGACAAGCAAAAAAAUAGGGAGAAUGAACGUUUGACAGCUGGCUCUCUUGCUCGUACAGAUUGUUUCGAAACAAAACAAUACCUAUGCUUAAUUUAUUUGUGAACGAUUUCGGAUAGUUAGACUGUACCUCUGCUUUUAUGGCCGCUGCCCUGAGGAAUAAUGUUUGGGUUGCUCCGGGGCAGGACGCGCAGUUUCUUCAUACAACCACCGCGCCACUGACAGCCGACGGUCUGAGAGGUGAAGAUCAUGGACAAGUGCUCUGUAACACGAGGGAUGCCAUCCCGGGAACUUUCUCUUUUCAUGAUUAUAAUUUGGUAGGGAAUUGCAUUUUUUUUUUUUCUUCUUGCAUCUGCCUUAGAGCGUCACAAUGGUUACUGAUGCCUGCUGGAUUUCACGUAAAAAGACAAAUUUCACGUAAAGAUGGUAAAUCUGACAUGGACUACCUGUCUCCGCAACAGGAAAUAGUGAAUUCCAAAAUGUUGUGCAGGGACAGCACUCUGAUGCCAGAGCCGCCUUUCAGUGAGGACUUUGCCUCCCCGUACAGCGCCAACAUGAGCCUGCUCCUUCCUGACGUCCCAUACCUGCACCCUGGUCUGUGCAGGACUAUGAGACCGAUCAAAACAGAGCCGUCACACUCUCUGAUGCACCCCAGCUGUCAGGGCAACAACGGAGGGCCACUAACACUCCCAGAAUACACAGGUGUUUUUAGUGCAGCCGACACAGCUAGUGGUACAUUUUUCAUCAAACAGGAAGUGCCAGAUUUCCAGGAUGUCCCCCUGUUUCAACUUUUGAACUCUGAUUUGGAGCAGCUCGUUCAUGGGUCACAGCUGAACUCCAUCCCCAUGGCCCCAUUAAGUCUUCCUAUUGGGAACGUCCAUGUAGGCCCAGUGCAGAAUUCUGCUAAACCCACAAGCAGUCGUCAGAAUGAAUGUUUUCCAUUUAAUCGACACUUAGGCCAUCAGCAGAGACCAACCUAUUUGCCGCCCUCUCCGCCAAACUCUGAUCCCCCGAGUCCAGACAGGGGGAAGGAGCUUCUUCACAAUCUGUCCCCACCUCCCUCCUACGAAGCCAGCAUCGCCUCCAAGUUAACUUUUCAGACCCAUAAUCCCAUUGAUCCAGGACAGACUUCUAGUGUAGCUCCAAUCCAGUGCCAAGACCAGAAUUCCAAUCGUGGAUUAGUCCAAAGUCCAGGUCCUGCGCCAGUCCAGCGUUCAAGCCUAACACCAGGUCAGAUGACGCCAGGUGUUGGCCCACUGUCCCCAGUGUUGGCCCAGUCGGCUUCAGUUAGGUACAACAGAAGGAAUAAUCCUGAUCUGGAGAGACGGCGGAUUCACCACUGUGAUGUUCCAGGGUGCAGGAAAGUAUACACCAAGUCUUCUCAUUUAAAAGCCCAUCUACGGACCCACACAGGAGAGAAGCCGUACCAGUGCUCCUGGGAGGGAUGUGAGUGGCGCUUCGCCCGUUCUGAUGAGCUGACUCGCCAUUUCAGGAAACACACCGGGGUGAAGCCUUUCCAGUGCGGCGUGUGUAACCGCUGUUUCUCCCGCUCUGAUCACCUGGCCCUGCACAUGAAGAGACACCAGAGCUAGAAAACGCUCUCAUGCAAAUCAAGCCAACAUUUUUUUAUUUUUCAGUAAACAUGGACAAAGAACCAGCACUUACAUAUCAGCAAACAAACAAAUUAAAAACUGUGGAUUAUUUCACUCUCUCCCCAGUGGAGACAUUCUUAGCAGUGCUAGCCCACAAAUAAUUCUUUCUUUUAUUGUAAAAAGAUUAAAUAUUACUAUUGCCUUACUUUAUUUCCACACAUAUGCCCCAAUAUUGGGGGACAUUUGCAAAGAUGUCAGUCAAAAAUAAUUUACCAAAUGUGAUAAUGAAAUAAUAUUCAGCCUUUAUUUUCAUUAGAUUAUGUUGCACUGCAAAGUACAUGAACUACUUCAAGUAUCAAUAUUUUAUUUUCAAGUUUUUCAUUGUACAGAUCAUAUCAACUUGGUAUCGUGUCAUUUAUUUAAUUAACGUUAAUAGCAAACGGCCAUACUAAGUGCAGAUAUAGUACUGCUCUUAACUGGAAGGUCAAAGAAUAUGUUGUUUUAGUCAGCCGGUCAAAGGAUUGAUAGUGUGUGUUUAAUAUAGAAAGUAACAGCAGUUAGUUAAAGUUGUACGUAAAUAAGUUGGGGAUUUACUAAAAGACACAGUAGGAGGAAUAAAUAUUGGGAUGAGCGCUGUUUGCAAGCCGUGUGGUGAGUGCAGCGCUUACAGCAUAACUUUAACACUGCCAGAUUUAUGGGUCACUCUGCCACUGAGGAUAACUCCAAACAAAAUCUAUAUUUACACACUGAAAUGAAAGGACGAUAAUGGGUUUGAGAUAUUAAUCAUAUUCAUUUGGACAGCAUUAGGAAUGUUCUAUAUCUAUGCCCCCUAUACUGUAUGGUAACAUAUCGUCAUUACAGAAAGUGUUAAAUGUCUUUCAGGCAGUUGCAGAGAUAAAUCCAAAUGGUGCAUUGUUUGUUUUCUAUGGACUCUGCAUGAUUUUAUGUAAUUAUUGAAAAGGUCCAACGUAUUAUGUUCGGACUUGUUAUGUCCCGUGUUAAUUUCAGCCACGCAGAAAUGGUGGUAAAAGAUUUGUGAUCAAACAAAAUGAACAACUUUUGAGUACAAUAUGACAUUUCAGCAGCAAAUUUAGACUCGUUCAUCUUUUGACUUUGUUUAGGUUGCAAAUUAUCUGAAGGAUUACCAUAUUACUGAUGGUUUGUCUUCAUAAGUGGUUACAAAGUGAGCCUGAGAUUUCUUUCAGACUUCGGCUGGGCCCCUGCCAGUCUGAACAUCGGUGUAAGCUUUUGGUUUCUUUGACUACUAUCCGUGUAUUCCAAUACCUUUUUGAAAGUGCCUUUAACUGCUUUUUUUGGACGAAUGAAAAACGAAGCUGCCCCGUUGGGACAAUGUUCUUUUAUCAGGUACUCUAUACUGCUUAAAUGAUUCUGUAUGUUGGCUGCCCCUCCAUAUUUCCACUCUAUAGCAAUCUCUAUUUAUGACCAAGUUUCUUUAUAAUUAGAGUCGGGUUGAACAAAUAAUUUGUUAAGAUGUUUAUAUUUUUUAUCUGGUGUUUAAGGAUACAAUCUGGUGAUUGUUGUGUGUAUAAAGAUUUUAAACUUUU